AAUAUUUUUAUUUAAAAAUAAAUAUAAUUAACAAAAACUGAGCAUACGGAGAACAACACGAUUCACUACCUAGAUCCUCACCAAAGGGAGAGGAUCCUGUUGGGUCGCUCCCGACAAAUGGAGUCCGACUGAUUGACUGAGAAACUCACACUUCCCCUAACAGAAACAACCGAUCCCAACCGCCAUCGGAUUUCGAAUCCACUCGGAGAACAAUGGCGGAGAGUGGGAGCGAGACCGCCGCCGGAGCUAAACCUAAACGAAAACCAAUCGUAUGGCUGGGGAUCUUCCUCAUCUCCCACAGCUUCUUCUUCAGUGUCGUUUUCUCCGCCGCCGGGGUGGUGGCUCUCUUGCUGCUUCCGGUUCUCGCUAAGAACACUUACAUUUCCGAGAAUGCCCUCAUGCCUGGCUCCGCGGCGUCUAUGCUUUCAGAUCAGGAGGUUGCAGAGGCGAGCAGAUUGGUUAGUGAUUUGACCUCUUCGAAUUCGAAGCCUCUCUGUUCAGCAAUAGGAAGUCAAAGAAUCUUAGCACAGCAUAUGUCAAACUUGGGUGCCGAAGUUAGUUUUCACAAGUUCCACUCUCAGAGCAAUCAAUUGCACUCACUCCACUUCUUUUAGCCUGAUUCUGGAAGAGUUGAGCAGAACGUCAGUGGUUCAAUGCACGGUGUCAACACUGUUGGAAUUAUAAGAGCACCUCGUGGUGAUGGGAAGGAAGCUAUUGUCUUGGUUACACCUUUCAAUUCAGCGAAAGUGAACCCGAAUGAGGCCUUUUCUUUGGGCAUUACAUACUCAGUAUUUUCCUUUCUCAACAGAGUUCCUUGGUUGGCCAAGGAUGUUAUAUGGCUUGUUGCUGAUUCCCAAUUUGGAGAGUAUGCUGCAGUUUCUGCUUGGCUAAGAGACUAUCACACACCUGUAUUUAGCGGACUGGGCACGCUAGAUGCAGAAAUGUGUACCGAAAACAAUAAUCUUUAUGGAAUGAAUGAGAACCCGUCAACAGGAAGGGCGAUUUAUGAUGGAUUUAAACGUGCUGGAACCAUGGCUGCAGCUCUUGUCAUCAAGGUUGCAGAUCAAAGUGAACAAUUUGAGGAUGGUCUAAGCAUCUAUGCUGAGGCAUCCAAUGGGCAAAUGCCAAAUCUUGACCUCAUCAAUGUUGUGAAUUACUUAGCAGUACAUAAGCAAGGUUUGCGGGUAAAGGUGGAGAAAUUUUGGUCUAUACUUGGCAUGAAGUGGCUCAAUACUUUGGGUGAAAUAUUUGAAUCACUCGGACAUUUUGCUAGAAGCUUGAAUCCCGAUUGGAAAUUUGUUAUCCCAGCUACUGAUUAUAUCGAGGGCAGUGCUACACUCGCAAGUUCAUUGUACAACCAGGCUUUGGGUGUCCCCACUGGCCCCCAUGGUGCCUUUCGUGACUACCAAGUUGAUGCAAUUACUUUGGAAAUUUCCCCUAAGUUUUCUUUGUUGGAUAACAUAGCCAGGCGAAAUGACUUACUUCUACGAAGUGGCCGAUUAAUCGAAGGAGUCAUUCGGUCAGUAAACAACCUUCUAGAGAAGUUUCACCAGUCAUUUUUUCUGUACCUAUUAACGUCUCCUGGUAAAUUUGUGUCGGUGGGAGUCUACAUGAUUGCUUUUGCACUUUUAGUUGCACCACUCCCCUUGGUGGCAGCUUCUCUCUAUGUUGAUGCUAGUAACUCUGAUUCUAGUGUGAAAAAAGAGAAACCUUCUCCUUCGGCCAUCAUCACUCGCGAAUCAUGGAAAUAGCUAUAUGCAGCAAAGAAAGCUUUUAUUGUCCACUUGGGUCCUGUUGUUUCACUACUCCCGUGUUUUAUCUGUCAAAUACCGAGUUGCACCUCGACAACCAGCUUUAUAAUCUGGGUUUUGCUUUCAGUACUCAGCCUUGUGGUUAGGUACAUGGUUUUGGCUUCUCCGUCAUCUCACGUCAAUGAAUCUCAACCUCAAAGAGUAGAAUGGCCCCUCUUGAAAUCAGUGACUCUUUCAGCUGCCUUCAUUGGUUUGUGUCUCAUGUCAGUCGUUAACUUUGCUACAGCAGAAAUUGGGGGGUUACUGAUGGUACCAAUGUGCUUGAUGGCUCAUCCGUUGAAGCCCAAUGUUAAAGAUAGGAGCAAGAGAACACUUUCAAGGGCGGUUUGCAAUCUUGUCCUGGGGUUUAUUGGGUUCCCACCAGUUGCUUUUAUAGUGCUGAAAGGCGCAUUUGAAGGUUUUGGCAGCACUAAUGUUGGUGAUUACUGGUCCUGGGUGGAGUCUCUCUGGGCUUGGAAUAGUGCUACUUACCUCUACAUAGGUAUGGUUCACCUGCCAUGCUGGGCGUUGUGUGUUCAUAUUUUGUUUCAUCGUUCUUAACACGUUAUAAACGACUUUCACAUGAAUUUGUAGUUGGUUAGACCUGCAGAGAAUAGUGACUGUUAUAUGA